UACCUCUGCCUCUUCCUUCCUAAACCCUGAUUUCCUUUUCAACCCUAAAAAUGUCUUCUUCUCUUGUCCUCCACCACGCUCGCCACCUCUCCAGCGCCGCUGUGGCCGCCGCCACCGGAGCCUCGACGGCCUCCUCCGCGAUCUCCAUCUCCAAAGCCAAAGCAAAACUCAGGUCAGAGUUCGACCCAGACAAAGCCCUAGAAAUUUACUCUUCCGUUUCUGACCACUACACUUCUCCAGUCUCCUCUCGCUACGCCCAAGAUCUCACCAUCAAGCGCCUCGCCAAGUCUCGCCGCUUCGCCGACAUCGAAACCCUCAUCGAGGGCCAAAUAAAUGACCCCAAAAUCAUCCAGGAACCCUACCUCUCCACCCUUAUUCGCUCCUAUGGCGUCGCCGGCAUGUUCGAUCAUGCCCUUAGGAUGUAUAACCAGAUGGACGAGCUCCGCACGCCACGGUCGGCGAUUUCGUUCAACGCUCUGCUCUCGGCGUGUAACCGGUCCAGGCUCUUCAAUCGGGUUCCCCAACUGUUCGAAGAAAUUCCUCAAAGCCACGGGAUUUCGCCAGACAAGGUUUCGUACAGCGUGUUGGUCAAGUCGUAUUGCGAGUCUGGCUCGCCUGAAUCCGCGAUUGCGAUAAUGAAAGAAAUGGAAGCGAAAGGAAUUGAAAUUACUGUUGUCACCUACACGACGGUCUUGGAUGCUUUGUACAAGCAGGGGAAGAGCGAUGAGGCCGAAAGGAUUUGGAACGAUAUGGUGAAGAAAGGGUGUUCGCCUGAUGUUGCAGCUUAUAAUGUUCGGCUAAUGCACGCCCAUGACGGAGACCCAGAAAACGUCAAGGGAUUGAUCGAGGAAAUGAGCAAUGCCGGGCUGAAACCGGACGCGAUUAGCUACAAUUACUUGAUGACUUGUUAUUGCAAGCGUGGGAUGAUGGAUGAGGCCAAGAAGGUCUACGAGGGAUUCAAGGAGAAUGGGUGUAAACCAAAAGCAACAACUUUUAGGACUUGGAUAUAUUACUUGUGCAAAACUGGGGAUUUUGAGCAGGGCUACAAGGUGUUCAAGGAGAGUGUGAAGGUUCAUAAGGUGCCGGAUUUCAAUACCUUGAAGCAUUUGGCCCGGGGACUGGUCGAAAAGUCGAAGAUGAAGGAGGCGAAGGGAAUGCUUAGGACUGUUAAGAAGAAGUUCCCGGCGAACUUUUUGCAUGCUUGGGGGAAGCUUGAGGAAGAGCUUGGUUUGGCUUCUGCUCCUUCAGAAGCUGGUGAAACACAAUAAGAUGGGACAGUGAGUUAAUAAGGAAUUCAUGAUGCUGGCAAUGGAUGGUUCGUUUGCAUUUUCCAUCUGCUGGGGGGAGUGCAUGUUAGGAUUGUUAAAAUUCUUUUGAUGGGUAAUGGAAGCCAGAUGGGCGGCUUUCAACAAAGCUAUGUCGUGGUUCAAGAUUCAUUCUUGGUUUGAUGCCCUUGUUUCUGGGUCAAGUUUUGUGAUGCGAAUAGCAGUGUGACUUGAUAACAUGCAAAAGCGCUUGUUCAACUUAUUUCUUCUC